AAAUUGAUGAAAUGUCCAAGUAUGGAGUCAGCCUACCAACAGACAUGCAAGGUUUAACAUCAACUCAAAUAUCUGAUCUGAAAUUAAACGAUUUAUGGGCUGAAAAGCACUUAUCUCCCAGUGAUUACAUUCUCAGGUUGGAUCCUAUGGGUAAACGAAAUGGCAAAGCUCCUUUGGAAAAGUAUGCUGAUGUUUUGACAAAAACUACAGCUGAGUGCAAAGCAAGGAUUUCAAAAAAACUCAUUGAUUCUAACAUAUGCCUAUCCUAUGCUGAUAUUCAAGAAUGUUUGGAUAUAUUACGUGGUGCUGUGACAAUUACUUACCCAAUGGGUCUUCCAACAUAUGAAGUGAUUUGGAUGGAAUUAGAAGGCAAAGAAGAUCUAUCUGGUACACAGGCUAGUAAAGAAAUUCUAGAAGUUAAAAACACAGACCUUUGGUGUUGUAAUAAGCAGUUAGAGGCCAAUAAAAUUUUAAGUGAUUACAUUGGAAAAAAUGAGAAAAGUAAACUUAUUGUCAAAUUACAGAAGAAAGGGCUAGGUGCACCUGCAAGAGAGCCUGCUCUGACUGAACAACAAAGGAAAGACCUCAUGCUUGCAGAGCAUCGUAGAAGAGAAGAACUGAAGAAGCUAGAAAUGGACGAUGAUGAUUCCCACUUGGAUUCACAAUGGGCAGACAAUGAUCAAUUAAAGAAAUGUUUUCAUGGAUUAAGCAAAAUAAAGUUCAAAUGAAACUUUGCUUUUUACAGAUGAGUGACUGAACACACUAAUAAUUUUGGAUUGUUUGUAAAUAUCUUUAUUUGUAUUGUUUUAUAUUUUCCUGCUAUUUAAUUCCAAACAUUGCAUUUAAUGUCGUAAUUAAAGAAAAGUUUCUUCAUACUUA